CGGUACAUAGAUAUUUUGCUGACAUUAAGAUCGGUACGAUCGCGCGAUAUUGCUUAGGUAUAUAAUCACAUGUCAAGUAAUUAUCGAGCAGAGUGUGUUAUUACUAAUAACGAAGUAAACACCUAAUGAGAAAGGAAUUGCCAACUGUGCUAUACUGUACCACACUUGGGUGCAAUAAACUUUAUAGUUACAUUAUCCGAGUGAUCUUUUCUCUGCACACUCCAACAUCAACUACAAGUGUACGAACUGUACAUUUUUUGGUCCUUCGAGCCGGAUUUCUUGGUGCAUUGUUGAGCUUUUAAACGGGUGCGAAUCGGAGCAGCUGGCCUCUCAGAAGCGAGAAUCCACAGUUGUUUUGAGAAGGCGCACAUCCCGUAUCUAAGGCGGCAAGGCACUGGGUUUUCCAACGACCAUUCCAAGUCGAAGAAGAAAACUUAUUCAAGGUUUGGAACUGGGAAGACUAGACUCAACUGAGCAGUCUUCGUGUCGUCGAACGCAACGCUCAGCUGUCGCCGUCAACUACGCGACUACGAGCAAAUUAACAAGUGACCACUGGAAGAAAGCUGCAACUGCGGUACGUACUCCGGUCGUCAUAACUUACGUGCGUCGGUCACCGUCAACUACGAAUUUCGACCCAACUAACUACAAGCAUCGUCAUGGAGAAUCUGGAACUGCAGUCGACAUGUUUCGAAAACAUCAAGUCCUUGUGUGUCAACUAUCGCAAGGACUCAGCAUCCCGUAAAACAUUGGACUAUCUAAACAAACGCUUAGCUUCGCUGGAAAACCAAUGGAAGGAUUUUGACAGCCGACAUACUCAACUGGUACGGACCCUAGAGGACAAAACUAUUAACUAUUUCACUGAUAACAUCUACGAAAAAACUGAGGAGAUGUAUCUUAAGACUAAAGCGGAUAUCAUUGAAAAACUGUCCAACUGGACAGAACUACAACAAAAGGUACAGUUUAAUCUUACUGGAACGGCAGUAGAUAGCGACGUCCAAGCUAGUAGCGAUGACAAGAUUCAACUUCUUAUUAACAAGCAAGCUUGUCACUUUAACGCGAUCAACAGUGUCAUAGCGAAGAUUAACAGCGGAACAAUUGCUGAAAAAUGGGAACUAGAUGAUCAUUUAACUACGCUAAAAGCAAAAUGGGACCCCAUCGACAAACUGCAUUGGGAAAUUGACUUUGAACUAAAAGGAUCCAAUCAGGACUACUACAAGAUCUACAAGGAUGUCGAACAAAAAUAUGACGAAACAAAGAAACGUCUUAACUCCAAAAUAUGGUCAACGGACCACUACUCAAAAUCAGCUCCUAAGAUGGCAAUCCCGGAAUUUUCAGGAAGCUACAGUCAGUGGAUCUCUUUCAAAGAUCUAUUCAUAGAAGCUAUCCACAAGAACCCUGUGAUUAAUAACGCACAGAAAAUGCAACAUCUCAAAACGAAGUUGCGAGGUGAAGCGGAGCGAUUGGUGCAACAUCUGUCCAUUAGCGCUGAUAACUACAACUCCUGCUGGGAAAUCCUGAAUCAACGUUACGAUAAUCGUCGUCUACAAUUCACCUCGUUUAUGAAUACUAUGCUUGAUCUUCCGGUCAUACAGAACCCGGACGCUAUCAACUUGAAACGUAUGCACGAUGUGAUUACUGAAUGCUUAAACGGAAUCUCAAACAUCGGAGUAGAAACAGCAUCAUGGGAUCCAAUGAUAGUACAUGUCAUGUCACAAAAACUGGACUCCCAUACAUUAAGUGAGUACAUGAAGGAAAUACGAGAUCAUCGGGAAAUUCAAAACCUACCAGAUUUUUUGUACUUUUUAGAGACCCGUUUUAUGGCCUACGAAACAAUGAAGUCCACAAAGAAAGGUCCAACUACGUCAUCAGAAAAAUCAUUAAACUGGAAAUUGAACAAGCAAAACCGUAUAAAGAAACCUAACUAUCUGUAUAACAAACCAGGCAACUUUUACGCCACGAAACAAAAAUGCCCACAUUGCAAUGGAAGUCACGUUUUAAUGCAAUGUGACAAAUUCCUUGGAAUGGACAUUAGCACCCGAAAUAACACUGUUUCGAAACUGCAGCUUUGCAAAAACUGUUUGUAUAGCCAUGGAAAUGAAGAAUGCAAGUCGACAAAAAAUUGCAGAGAAUGCAAUCUGAAACAUCAUACGCUAUUGCACACUCCUGAUAAGAAAAAUACAGUUGCAUCAAACAGAAAAAUUAACUAUGAACGAGCAUCAUCAUCAUCAACGCAACAACAUACCUCUAAUCAUGUGAACACAGAUGACCUGGAAGUACUAUUAACUACAGUUCAGCUUAAAGUCCAAUCAAUAGAUGGAACUUAUGUGAAACUACGGGCACUGCUCGAUCAAGGUUCUCAAGUGAACCUAAUCACUGAAAACGCAGCUCAACUUCUACGACUUCCCCGAUCAAACAUUAACGCCUGCAUUACCGGUAUCGGAACGGUAUCUGGGGAUUGCAGGGGACAAUUGAACCUCACCUGUAAAUCGAUUCACUCCGAUUACUGUUUUACAACGCAAGCGCUAAUUAUGAAGAAACUUACACAUAACUUGCCUACUACAUCGUUUGAAAAGGUCGAAUGGCCACACUUAGAGAAUUUAAAGCUCGCAGACCCUGAUUACAACAUAUCUAGCCAAAUUGAUCUUCUACUAGGAGCCGACGUAUACUCGGAGAUCAUACUAGAUGGCGUCAUGAAAGGGAAGAACCAAACACCCGUAGCACAGCAAACGCUAAUAGGGUGGAUUUUAUGCGGAAAAAUGAAAACGUUCAACUGCAAUGUAGCAUUAAUCAACAUGAAUGAACUAACAAAAUUUUGGGAUAAUGAAAACAUCCAACUCUCUGAGGACAUUUCCAAGGACGACCAGUGUGAGAAAUUCUACACUGAGACUGUUACACGUGCGCAGGAUGGAACAUACACGGUUAAAAUGCCACUUUGUGACGACUUUGAGAAAAAGCUAGGAAACUCUAGAUCAACGGCUGUAUCACAAUUUCUACAACUAGAGAAACGCCUGAAAAAGAACCCCAAACUUUCAGCUAUGUACGAGCAAUUCAUUGAGGAAUACAUUGCACUCGGUCAUAUGAAACUAUCGCCCCAUGCCACACCAAACAGCUGUUAUUUACCGCAUCACGGCGUUUUGCGAGAAAACUCAACAACAACAAAACUGAGAGUGGUAUUUAACGCGUCGCAACGUACUACGAGCGGCUACAGCCUAAACAGCCUAAUGGAAAAAGGAGCCAACCUGCAACAGGACAUACAGGCUCUUAUCCUAAAAUGGCGAACGUAUAAAUACGUUUUCACUGCUGACAUCGAAAAGAUGUACCGCUGUAUUUGGUUGUCUGAAGAACAACAGGAGUUGCAAAAGAUCAUCUGGCGAGGUACACCCGAUGAAGCUUUACGUGACUAUCAGCUUUGCACAGUCACGUACGGAACAAAGUGUGCACCAUGGCUCGCCAUGCGCACCUUGAAACAAAUUGCCAUGGAUGACGGGCAUAAGUACCCAGAAGCUGCCAAAAUACUUCAAACGGAAUGUUAUGUCGAUGACGUCAUAAGUGGACACAACUGCGUUAGGAAAGCUCAACAAUUACAAUUGUCUUUGAUUCAACUUUUGAGGGGAGCAGGAAUGAACUUGCGCAAAUGGUCAAGUAAUCACCCCGCCUUACUUGAAAAUCUCCACAAAGACCAAAUCUCAACCCGAAACACCUUCGACUUCAAAUCUGAGGAAACUUCGAAGACGCUAGGACUUUGUUGGGAUCACAAAAGCGAUACUUUUCAUUUUAACUGGCCGGUGGCACGUGGAAAGCAUCCAACAAAGAGAUCUUUACUCUCUGAGAUUUCCAAGUUCUAUGACCCGCUAGGCUGGCUUUCGCCAAUAACGGUCAAAGCUAAACUAUUAUUUCAAAAACUCUGGAUUACCAAACUUGGCUGGGAUGAACAAGUGCCCAGCGACAUAGCAACUGAAUGGCUGAAACUUAAUACGGAACUAACCUACAUCAAAUCCAUGAAGUUGAACCGAUGGAUCGGUGAUACACAACAACGGGUCGAAUUACUUGGCUUCUGCGACGCUAGUGAAAAAGCGUACGCCUGCGUCAUCUAUAGUCGAGUUACAAACGAACAAGGCUCACUCGUAGUAACUUUACUUGUCGCCAAGACAAGGGUAGCACCCCUAACGCAGAAGACCACGGUCCCCAGGCUUGAAUUGUGCGGCGCUUUACUGCUGGCUGAAUUAAUGCAAAAGACUAGAGAAGCGCUAGAUGGGUUCAGCAUUUCAGUAAGGGCUUGGACUGAUUCCCAGGUUGUGUUAGCCUGGAUUCAGGGAGACUCAUCAAAAUGGGAAACCUAUGUCGCUAAUAGAGUCACGAAAAUCAAGCACAUUAUACCAGCAACUCAAUGGAACUAUGUGAAGUCAGAAUAUAAUCCCGCUGACUGUGCUUCCAGAGGACUGCUUCCAAGCAAACUUCUGAGCUUAAGUUUGUGGUGGCAAGGCCCAGACUUUUUAUCUAGACAAAACGGUUUCGAAAAUAAUCCACGCCCAUUCCAAACAAACAUGGGUUGCGCAAAUCAUGUAGAAAGAAAACAAGUAGGCCAAAAGAUUCAGCAAAAUUUUAUAAGCGAUUUGUUGAAUAAUUGUAGUUCAUUGACGCAUAUUACUCGAAUUACCGCAUGGAUACAACGGUUUAUUAACAAUAUGCGCAACAAAACGAAAUCGGAAACCGACUACUUAACAGCAAGUGAACUAAGUGCAGCAGAAAAAAGUAUCGUCAUGUAUGUGCAACGUUCAGAGUUUGAUCUCGAGUACAAACAACUGAACAAAAACGAAGAUAUAUCGAAAAAGAGUUCAAUCUUCAAGCUGAACCCCUACUUGGAUGAAAACGGAAUUAUUUGCGUCGGAGGUCGUCUGAAGAAUUCGAGUCUACCACCUAAGAUGAAAAAUCCGAGUAUCAUACCACAUACGGGGCGAUACACCAAACGUUUGAUUGACCAAGCACAUUCACGCACGCUACACGGAGGAGCUCGGCUAACUUCAAUGUAUCUACGUCAGCGCUACUGGAUUGUCGGUGGAAAUCGAGCAAUCAAAAUGUUGCUUCGAAAAUGCGUGCGCUGUCAUCGUUUCAGCAAAUCAGAUAGCCACCAACUGAUGGCAGACUUGCCGAGACAACGGGUUACUCCGUGCCGACCCUUCACACAUACAGGAGUAGAUUUCUCUGGGCAUGUUAACGUCAAACAUAACAAAGGCAGAGGCAUCAAAACAUCAAAGGGUUACAUAGCGAUAUUCAUAUGUAUGGCAACGAAGGCCGUUCAUAUUGAAUUAGUGUCGGACCUUAGCACGGAGACCUUUAUAGCGGCCUUUCAAAGGCUGUGUGCAAGACGCGGUACACCGAAACACAUGUACUCAGACUGUGGGACAAACUUCAUCGGUGCUGCAAGAUUACUCCGCGAAGAGUAUGCAUUAUUCAAACAAGUAAUGACACCAGAAGUCUUCAGCGAACUAGCAAACUUAGAGGUUGAGUGGCAUUUUAAUGCUCCAGCUUGGCCGAGCGCAGGCGGUCUUUGGGAGGCCGCUGUGAAAUCCAUGAAGCACCAUCUGAGACGAGUGUUGGGUGACCAGAAGCUUACCUACGAGGAGUUCAGUACACUACUAGCCAAGAUAGAAGCCUGCUUGAAUUCUAGGCCGCUGUGUCCUCUUACAGAAGAUCCAGAAGAGUUCUACAACUGCUUGACUCCUGGCCAUUUCCUCACAGGCAGCCCUAUAUUGUCAUUGCCGUUAGCGGAUUAUAGCAAUGCAAGCAAUAUUAACUUACGUCGUAGAUGGCAACUUUGCGAACAUAUGUUCCAUCAAUACUGGAAGACAUGGUCAAAUGAGUAUCUCACUACACUGCAAACUCGUAGUAAGUGGAACAAGCCCAAUAGAAACAUCAAGAAAGGUGAUUUAGUACUGGUGAAGGAGGAUAAUCUGCCGCCAGGAAAAUGGGCUAUGGGCCGCAUCAUAGAGACGCAUCCAGGAUCCGAUGGCUACGUACGGGUCACAACAGUCAAAACUCAGGCUGGAAAUAUCAAGCGUCCUGUGGUCAAACUGUCACCCUUGCCUUUGGACACUGAAAUUCAGGCCGAGUCAGAAACGGAAAAAACAAACACAACAAGACAUCGGGCAAAAGGAAGCAAACUUAUCUCUACAUUAUUCAUAACAACAUUAACAUUAUUUACACUAAUAUCGGGUGUCUAUGGUGCCACUGACACCACGCAGCACGCGCCCGGUGCUCUAAUUACCGAACUGAAACCGGAGCGACCUGUAUACUAUGAUACUGUCGGCAAAAUGCAAGUAAUACAUGAUGAAUGGAUAUUAAUUAUGUAUUACAAUCUAACUAAUUACUGGGAAAGUAUUCAUCGAACUGAAACCUUUUUCGAGAAUGUAAAAAACGUAUGUUAUCAAACCAAGCUACAACAUUGCCAAACUAUAAUGGAACAACUUAGUCAUGAAAUGGAGCUGCUCAGUUACUAUAACUCUGUACUGAUGAAUCCACACAAACACCUUAGUAACCGUAAAAGACGUGGUUUAGUUGACGGCGUUGGGUAUAUAGCUAAUAGCCUGUUUGGGAUAUUAGAUCAACACUUUGCAGAAAAAUACCAAAACGAUAUUAAUUCAAUUCAAAACAACGAAAAGUACCUCCUGGAUCUGAUUAAAAACCAGACCACUAUUGUGGAACUCGAAAAUCAAGUUUUGAAGAAAAGUGAAACAAACAUUAAGCGCCAAUUCAACAUCAUCGAUAGUUUCGUUAAUCAAACAAACUUGAACCUCGCCUCAAUAGAAACGGAGAUGGAAAUAAUAUCGGCAACUACUUACAUCAACUCAGCCUCAUUGACUGCAUAUUUGCUAAUCAAUAGCUUGCAAAAUUUCCAAGAAAUGCUGUUCAAUACCCUCACGAACGUAUAUCAGGGACAUAUUGAUGUGCAUUUGAUCACUCCUGUACAUUUGAUUGAGCAAUUAGGUGAAAUAUCGGGAAACCUACCAAAAACUGUAUCAUUACCUGUUGAAAACUAUAAGGAGAACAUCAAAGAAGUCUACAAGCUAAUGAACGUCAAAGCACGAGUUACAGAAACGUACUUUAUAUUCGAAGUGCAUAUACCCCUGGUUUCAAAUGAAGAUUACAUGAUAUAUCAAGUUAUACCGUUACCAUUUACCAGAGGCAACCAACUCACAUAUGCUCAAAUUUCAUCAAAAUACAUCGCUGUAAACCUUAAAAAGAGUUCUUACAUUCUGCUGACCGAAGGUGACUACAGACAAUGUGUACAACAGACAUCACUUAACUUUCUUUGCAAAAAUAACUUACCAUCUUAUGAUUUACAUAGCAACAAAGCCCCGUGUGAAGCAAAAUUGCUGUCACAUCAAAACACCGCACCGUGCGACAUAGCGCCAACAAUAUGCAAGGACGCCUGGAUCGAGUUACACUCGUCGAACAGCUGGCUGGCGAUAUGCUGCGAUACAUGUGUACUACGUACACUAUGUAGUAAUGACAUAACAACAUACACACUAAAGUCAUCUGGUCUAGUGACGUUAUCUCAAGGAUGCGUAUUGCAAUCAAGAGACAUAACGAUCGUCGCUCAUCGCCAGUACAACAGCCAAACGAAAAUGAACUACGCAUUGACAGCCCCUACUUUGAAUACACCUAUAAACAAGAUUGUCAACUUAACGUACCGCUACGCUCCGAACACGCUCGAACCCACGACUACAGAUCUUGAAUUCUCCAAAAUUGAAGGGAAAAUCAAAACUCAAAAGGAUAAUGAGGCGAACCUCCCAAGCCUUACAACACACGACAUUCAUCAGUACGCCAUCAGUUACUCUCUGUUGUCUGCGGCUAUCGUUGCGCUGUUGCUGGCGGUUGGGAGGAAGCGCUGGAGCCACUGUUUCAAAAAAAACCCAACCACGGUGGUGCAGCAUGAGGAUAUUGAGUUACAAGUCAUCCGCCAAGUCAACCAUCAACAAAGGGAGACAGGCGGCACAUUAUCGUCGAGCAACAGCAGCAGCGAGGAACCUCGACCGGUCAGAUUUCCGCGGAGCGUCGACUCUGGAACUAGGAACAUAGCUUUCAAUCUUGACUAACGUUUUGCGAUUUAUCUUACUAUUAUACUCUAUGAUUAUUUUGCUUUGUACUGGCAUUUCCUUCUCUCAUUUGUUGUGACCUUUUGGAGUUGCCAAGAUGUACAGUCUUCAACGGUACAUAGAUAUUUUGCUGACAUUAAGAUCGGUACGAUCGCGCGAUAUUGCUUAGGUAUAUAAUCACAUGUCAAGUAAUUAUCGAGCAGAGUGUGUUAUUACUAAUAACGAAGUAAACACCUAAUGAGAAAGGAAUUGCCAACUGUGCUAUACUGUACCACACUUGGGUGCAAUAAACUUUAUAGUUACAUUAUCCGAGUGAUCUUUUCUCUGCACACUCCAACAUCAACUACAAGUGUACGAAC